CAAAUUAGUGGAUUGCAUAUCAGCAGAAUUCUGCACGCAUAUAAAAGCUAGACAAUUCGAUUUGCACGUCCCAUCCUUGGAAUUUUUGGCAGCUUCGGACUCGAGAACGAAUCAUGAAAACCGCCUUUGUUUUGUGCUUGGCAGUCGCCGCUGUUUCCGCAAGGUCAGCAGGUCGACUUCCUGAUAUUGUCCGCAACAGGCUCCUCGGAGGACCCAGGGUUGUCGGCGGUGAACUCGCUGAACCCGGUCAGUUUCCGUACCAAGCCAGUUUGCAAUAUUUCGGCCAGCACUUCUGCGGCGGUGACAUCGUCGCCCCCAAUGUAGUUCUCACUGCUGCUCAUUGUUUGGAAGGCUUCUCCGCGUCUGAAAUCACUGUCAACGUUGGCUUGAACAACUUGUUCAACCCUGGCUCGAAUUUGCAGCAGCGCAGCGUGGCUCGCAUGGAGUACAACAACGAAUUCCCCGGAUCUGGUUUGACGUACGACAUCGGAUACAUCAUCCUGGAGAGCGACCUCGAUUUGAACGACGCCGUGCAACCCAUUCCUUUGCCCAGCGCUGAUUUGACUCCGUCUCUGGAACCCGGAAAGUGUACCCUGUCAGGAUGGGGUGCGACCAACUCAGGGGGUUCUGUGUACCCGGAUGACCUGUUCUACGCCGAACUCCAGGGGUUGAGCGACGAUGAUUGCCAACAGCUCAUGGACAACCUGGCGAACCCGCCAUUCGGGGUCUCGUUCGAACCCGAAGCCCACUUCUGCGCCUACACCCCGGAAGGUGGCAUCAAUGCCUGCUACGGUGAUUCCGGCGGACCAUUGGUGUGCGAGUCCAACGAGGAUGGCGAAAGGUACCUCUUCGGAGUGGUGUCCUGGGGUCCAUCCACGUGUGGUGAACAGGGAUUCCCCGCCAUCUACACUGACGUGCUCACCUACUUGCCCUGGAUCCUUGAAAACGCUGGGCUGAGAGCCUGAACGCCGAUCAAGAGAUUCCCCACAUUCCCGCUGACCAAAAACACUCACCUCCCUUGAAGUCUCUGUAACGAGGCUUCAGUUUUUGAUCAGAUAUGUGAUUCGAUCUUCCCUGCUCUUGAGGGCAACAGCGGGACGGUGCUUGAAAAUGCACGCCAUUUUGAUCUACUGUAUA